AUGGCUGCUGGCAGCAGCCCCAUUGAGAUCACGGUGCUGAACCUGGGAGGAGGUGAGAUUGCAAAGCUGACUGCAGAGCCCGAUGUUACGAUGAAGGCACUGAAGGAGGAGCUUGCUCGCAAGAUCCGACUGCCAGGGCUGCGGCAGUCUCUGACUUACAACGACCGCGUGCUGCAAGACACGGAGACUGGCUCGGCCCUGGGGUGGAGUGGAGCUGUCUCGAUCUACAUGAUUGCAAAAAGUGUGGAUUUGGAUGGUCACAUUACUUGCCUCAGGCGCCAGGAAAAGCCCGAAGCAAAGGCUGGUCUGCCGGAGAUAGAGAUCCGGAUCCUAUGUGAUCUCGUGGAGGAAAUCUUCAUGAGGGAGCCUGUUCUCUUGGAACUAGAGCCCCCCCUGGUUGUUGGUGGUACCCUGGCCUCCUCCGUCGGCCAGCUGAACGCGAUCAUCGAGAGGUGCGGCGAGCCAGGAGAAGUGCAGUACCUCUUUCUUGGCAACUACCUUAGCAAAGGUCGGAUGCCCAUACACGGGGUGGAUCUUCUGACACUCCUUUAUUGCUUCAAGUGCCGGCAUCCGUCCAAUGUGUUUCCACUCCGCGGCAAGCAGGAAUGUGCAAGCAUCAGUCGAGUUUACGGCUUCUACGACGAGUGCAAGCGCCGGUACAAUUUCAAACUGUGGAAGCGGAUGAUUCAAACCAUGAACUGCAUGUCUUUCGCCCGAACUUCUCACACUGGACCAGCUCGGCAAGAUCGGCCCACAGAGGUCCCAGACACGGGACUUCUUUGCGACCUCCUGUGGGAUCCACUGACGGGUGUGAGAGGAUGGGCGGAGAUGGACAAAGGUGUCUCCUACGUGUUUGGGGAGGACAUCGUGCACGGUUUCCUGGAACGGAACAAUCUAGACUUGAUCUGUCGAACCAGUCAAGUGGUUGAAGGAGGCUAUGAGUACUUUGCGGAUCGGAAGCUUGUGACUCUGUUCAGCUGCGCCAACUACGUCGGCGAGUUCGACAACACAGCUGCUGUCAUGCUCGUGGAUGCAGAGAUGCAGCACACCUUCGUGACCUACCGUUGA